CGCGUUAACGCAUGCGAUUAAUUUGAAAUAUUUAACGCGUUAAAAAAAAUUAACGCAAUUAACGCGGUUGCAUUUUUUUUUAUUUCCGGUUGUGGCCCAUGUGUGUUCAACGUGCAAAGAAAUAUGGAUAAGACCAAGGAAGGAGUUUUAGACGGAAAGUUUCAAUAUAAAACUCUGCCGGAUGGUUCUGUGGAUAAAACAAAAGUAAUCUGUGCAUUUUGCAAAGCCGAAUUUAAUUACCACAGAAGUAAUUCGUCUUUGGCAUAUCACUUAAAAGCAAAACACCCCACCGAAACCAUCUCUACGGGGCCUCGCCAAUGUAAAUUGCAGGAGUGCGUUCGUGGUAAAAUGACAAGAUCUGUAAGUGAUAAGGUAAUGAAUGCUUUGGUUAGUUGGAUAGCUAAAAACUGCCGACCCAUCAACAUAGUAGAUGACGAUGGACUGCGGGACAUCAUAAGAACUGCAUCCGGAGACGCCUCAUACAAUAUGCCCUCAAGAGGAACCAUCAUGUCAAAAAUACACACUUUGUAUGACGAUGAGAAGGCACGGAGGAUGAACACAUUACAGCAAGCGACACACAUCGCACUGACAGGGGACCACUGGACUUCUGUGAGCAAUGACAACUACUUAGGCAUCACAGCGCACUUCGUUGAUAAAGAAUGGAAAUUGCAUUCAUUCGCACUAACCGUGUCUAAAACUGAGGAACGACAGUACGCUGAGGCAUGUGCGGAUCAUUUUCUCGAUGUGGCAAGGGAAUGGGAAAUCGAGGACAAGUUAAGCACACUUGGCACUGACAGUGCUCGUAAUAUGGUUGCUGCCGCGAGACUACUUCCAUUUGAACACCUGCCCUGCACGGCCCACAUUUUGCAACGAACUGUCACAGUUUCCAUUCACGGCAGUGGAUUUGAAAGUGUCCUAGCUAAAUGUCGCAAGAUCGUUGGGCACUUUAAGCAUAGUCCAUCCAACGCUCACGAACUAAUGGAACAGCAAGUUGCAUGUGGACAGAAACAAGAAUCUCUCGUUCAGGACGUUACGACUAGAUGGAAUUCUACCCUAGAGAUGGCCAAGCGAAUUCAGCGAAACAAAUCUCCACUGACCACUACCCUGGCUCAGCAAAAGAGCAAUGUUGCCAUGUUGACUACACAGGAGCUCGCCAAACUGCAAAAGCUGGAGGAACUACUUGAACCUUGCAGAUAUGUAACUGAACUGCUGGGAGGAGAGCAGUACAUCUCCUGCUCAGUGGUAUUGCCAGCCUUGUGCCACUUGUUCAAAAUUAUGGAGUCCACAGAGGAUGAUCCAGCCUAUGUAGUAAAAUUCAAAAAUGAUUUUACUUCAGACCUAUCUAGGAAGGACAACACUAAUCUCACAUGGCUGAAGAUCGCUACUGCAAUUGACCCAAGGUUUAAAGACCUAAAGUGUCUUCCCAAAGAUGAAAGGAAUGAGGUGUGGGCUUCACUAAGCAAGCUGUUAAUGGCACAGAGUCCUGGAAAACAAGAGUCUAAAGAGACAACAGACCAACAGCCACCAAAGAAGAGAAGGAUCUCCGUCUUGCUGGUUUCUUCUGAUUCAGAGUCAGAUGAAGAAGAAGAGUCCAUAGAACAGUGUCUUAACCGCUACAAAGCAGAGCCCAAAUUGCACAUGGAGGGUUGUCCACUACAGUGGUGGAAAAAGAGAGAAGCAACACAUGCAAGGCUGGCACCAAUAGCAUGCAAGUAUCUGUCAACCCCUGCUACAACGGUGCCUUGUGAGAGACUGUUCUCACUCUCAGGUCACAUCGUUCAAAAGAAAAGGGCCACAUUGUCCCCUGAUAAUGUCAACAGACUGGUCUGUCUCAGCAACUGGCUGAAUGUAAAGGAGGACUAAGCAAAAUAGUUUCUACUUCAUAAUUAAUGUUCUCAACUCUCAGCAAUACAACGUUACAAUGAGUACAAUUGUUUGUAUUCAUUCCUUUAUUAUUAUUAUAUUUUCCAAUUUCCAUAUUUGCAAUGACUAUACUUUGGAAUUUUUUUGCAGUCCACUUAGAAUUCAACAUGGAAAUCAUUUUUGUUUUUUAUUUGCAUUGAUUGUUUUGAAAUUCAAAUGGCACUUACAUGCCUGUUUUUAUUUCUGUAAUAAAUAUGGCUUUCAAGCCAACAGUUAAUUUGGAGGAUAUUGAUGGUUUAUUGCAGGUAUGUUGUUUACAUGAGAAAAUCUGUGUUACAAGUUAAACAAAAAUUCCAAUAAACAAUCAUAUUUUGAAUUUAAAUAGUUUCUUUGUCUUGAGUUUACAUUAAUUAUUUACGUUUUACAUUUACAUAUCCAAAAAGUUUGUCUUUUAAUUGCGAUUAAUCGCGAUUAAUUUCAAAAGAUUGUGCGAUUAAUUAGUUAAUUUUUUUUAAUCGAUUGACAGCACUAGUAAUAUGCUAUUGCCGCAAUAGUUAGCCUGUCUGGACCGAGCUGACUUAAACCACUAUAAUGUAUGACACUUGCAUUACAUGCGAACGGCCCCUACGCUAAUAGAACUCUGUUUUUGUCUCCCUGUCUCGUCCUCGACCCCGAGGACAAUGAGACAAACAGACCCAGUUCCUGUUGCUGUGAAGGUCAUCGCACCACUGAUCUACUGGCUGUCCUUCAACGUGAUGCCUAGCCGAUGCCCGACCAACGACCACCGGCUAAACCAGUUUAAUCCGCUUACCCGCCUCCUAUCCCUACCGUAUAUAUAUA